AUGGCAGUGUCUCGAGUGAGACCGAAACAAGGAGUGCCACCGUACAAUGCAGUUUUCGCUCUGGAAUUAAGGAGAGUGGUUAAAACUGGGCAAUUUGUUGUUUUGCCAGUAUACGUCAGUUCACCUGGAGAAGCGAUACAAUACUUAAAAAUAGAAGGUUGCGGUUCAGAACUGUGUGAUGUAGACCAAUUCAGAAAAAUCACUGCACCGUAUACUCUUGACGUGAAGGAAUGGAGAAUAAAGUGUAAUUUCGACGAAUAUAUUGAAAUUGAUGAAUCAAUUAUAUAA